AUGGCUGCCCAAGUUCCCACCGAAGCUUUGAAGAAGCUGAACGUGGGAGAGCCCGCGACGAACGGCAAGCCAGCAAACCCCGCCGAGGGAAACGGGGUCGACCAUGAGAGCGACGACUCUGAUGAGGAGGGUGACGAGGUAGCGGCGCCCGCCGCCGGAGCGGCCGCUAAGAAGAAGAAGAAGAGAAAGCCCAAGAAGAAGAAGAAGAACCCGACCGCCCAGUCCGACCCGCCCCGUGUGCUUAUGUCCUCGCUGUUCCCGCAAAAGAACUACCCCAAGGGCGAGGAGGAGGAGUACCGCGACGAGAACCUCUACCGCACGACGAACGAGGAGAAGCGCCACCUCGACAACCUCAACAACGACUUCUUGACCGACUACCGCGAGGCCGCCGAGAUCCAUCGCCAGGUCCGCCAGUGGGCCCAGAAGAACAUCAAGCCCGGCCAGACGCUGACCGAGAUCGCCGAAGGCAUCGAGGAUGGUGUGCGCGCGCUGACGGGCCACCCGGGCCUCGAGGAGGGCGACGCCAUCAAGGGCGGUAUGGGUUUCCCCUGCGGCCUGAGUCUGAACCACUGCGCUGCGCAUUACACCCCGAACGCCGGCAACAAGGUGGUCCUGCAGCAGGGCGACGUGAUGAAGGUCGAUUUCGGUGUGCACGUCAACGGACGUAUCGUCGACAGUGCCUUCACCAUGGCGUUCGAGCCGCAGUACGACCCCCUUCUGGAGGCCGUGAAGGCUGCCACGAACGCGGGUAUCAAGGAGGCCGGCAUCGACGUGCGCGUCGGUGACGUUGGCGGUGUCAUUCAGGAGGUUAUGGAGAGCUACGAGUGUGAAAUUGAUGGCGUAUCGUACCCCGUCAAGUCCAUCCGCAACCUCAACGGCCACACGAUUGAGCGUUGGAGCAUUCACGGCACCAAGAGCGUGCCCAUCGUCAAGAGCAACGACACGACCAAGAUGGAGGAGGGCGACGUCUUCGCCGUCGAGACCUUUGGCAGUACCGGUAACGGAUACGUCAGAGAUGACAUGGAGGUCUCUCACUACGCCAAGCGCGGCGAGGGCCACGCUGCCCUGCGCCUGGACUCUGCUAAGAGACUUCUCAACGUUAUCAACAAGAACUUUGGCACCCUGCCCUUCUGCCGGCGUUAUCUGGAUCGUCUCGGACAAGACAAGUACCUUCUGGGGUUGAACAACCUCGUGGCCAGCGGCAUCGUCGAGGCCUACCCGCCCUUGUGUGACAAGAAGGGCUCCUACACUGCUCAAUUCGAGCACACCAUCCUGCUCAGGCCAAACGUGAAGGAAGUAAUCAGCCGAGGAGAGGACUACUAG